AUGUCGUCGUCAUCAUCAUCGGGUUCCAACACGGACGACGUCACGGAGAUAAUCGUCGCCAGUAUCGCGCUACUGUUUUCCGUCCUUGCCUUCGCGACGACCACGUUUCAGGCACUCCAGCAACACUUUGCUUCCGCCGCCGGCUACUACGCGUGUAGCGAACAAGUCAUUGGGAAAUGGGCCCAAUUCACACACCGACGGAUGCGUUGGUCGGACUUUCGAAUGGAGGUCAGUUUCGAGGUGCCAGUCAUCUUCGUUGCGAGGCCUGAGAACGAAAAGGGCCCACUUGGGGAAAACAAGACCAACAAAAUCAUAAAGUUGGAUGGAGAUGAAGAAGAGAACCUCAAGUACACCUCUGACUGGACCAAGGUGGAGAAAAAAGUCGACGAGACCAAGCACCAGCUAGUCCACACUGCCGACAACGAGAAGGCGACAUGGUACGCUUUGCUCAUGGCCAUUUACCGGAUGGAAAAUGAGUCUCGUGCGUGGCAGAGGAAAGCUCUUGGGUACAAUCCGCCCAAUGGAACGUCACCGGCGCACGGCCUAGUCGUUUGCUUCCAGAGGAAGCGUCGCACUUGGGAUGGCAUGCACAAAGACCUGGGGAAGCCGUAUGCAACGACCACGAUAUCUCACUUUGUCGAGAUGAUGGGAAUGCUGGGUAUCUACUGGAAAGAGUUCGAUCUCAACAAUGACAAGUAUAGAGCCCAAGGCAACGGCUUCGCCGUCUACGGGUCGUACGUGAAUAACCUGGGUAUCACCUUUCUUUUCCAAAAGAUUUCCUCGACGUGGUUUGAGAAGAAUCGUGUGGUUCCAAAUUACAGUGUCAAGAAGCUGUGCUUUGGAUAUGCCCCUACAAUCUUUCAUGAAGAAAAGGAACUGAUCUACGCUGAUGAACCCAAGGACGUGGGAACUCUACAGCUGGGAAGCUUCGCGGAGAUCGCUCAGACCCUCAUGGCGUUCGGAUGCGAUACGAGGACCGUCAAGUACUUUGGCAAGCACCAAGACCAGGCACGCCAUAGCCACAUUUUCCCAAAGUGUGAUAACUACCUGAAGCAGCAAGAGUUGUUCGAAUUGGUGAAACAAGUCUUGUGCGUUCACAUCCAGGAAGUCCUCGGCGUCCUCAACUGUCGAAGCAACACUGAAUUAGACGAUUCGAAAGAUGCCACCAAGAGUACAUCGAGACAUCCUGCGGGCCAUCCUCGCUCCACCCGUCACCGGGACGGCGCUCUCGUUGUAGUAUCGGACGAAACUGACGACAUCAUCGAAGACAAUCCUAUUUAUGUUGGCGACGUCACCAUGCGAGACAUUGACUCGGCAUCCUUCAGUGAUCGACACAGUCUCUUGAUGGAGAUCGUAAAGCAGGCUAAGAAACUUGCGAUCGAAGUUCACGGAUCCAUUGAAAACCUCGCUGCCUUGAUGCCUACGACAAGCCCACCUAAUAUGGGAAUGAAGAAGUUUUUGACCUUUAAACAAUUCCACGACGAACCAAUGGAGGCUCCCAGUCAGGAUCUGUCGAGGCUGCCAGAAAAGGCCGACCGCCAGCGGGACGACUUUGCCGGGAUGGCAUCUAUUCCUUUUCCUUAUUUAAAGGGCCAGGCGGAACCAGAGCAUGGCCGCCUUUGCUUGGGAUGCUACAAGACGCAGGAGCUCUGUUAUAACAGAUUGUUUCCUGCCAGUGUGUUAUCCGACCUGGCACCGCCCGGCACGAACCCUCGCCGUGCAAUCCAGGCGAUGUCUGAGCGACUCCACUCCUCUGGAGGAUUGCGAGAGCAUACUAAAAACUGCUACGGCGCGCGUCAGAUGAUUGUUUAA